CAACCUUAGGUUGAGACGUAGGAUUCGGCUUUUCCCCAGCUCAGUUCGGUUUCACAGAGCUAUACUUUUCACUCUCGGGGAAAAUACAGAAAAUAAAUCAAUUAAAAUGCUGCUAAACUUGAUAUAUGGUGUGCUGGAAACCAUAUCGAAUGCGAUCUACACAACAGUGGCCACCAUUUGGAGUGUUGAACAGGCCGUGAUCAACCUGAUGAUGUCCACCUUUCUGUUUGUGCUGGGCGUAGCCUGUCAUCCGCUGAUGGUGAUUCCCAUGCUGAUGGGGGGCUACUAUAUUUUGCGCAACUGCUGGUAUCGUCGCGCAAAGAGCCCGCGGUUGGAGAACUCGGUGGAUAGCGAUGGCCUCUUGAAGACUCCAGGGACUCCGUACGUCCCCCGUACUCCUCGCCUUCCCGCUUUUCGCAGCUUUGGGAACCUCUCCACUCUUAGCAACGAGGCACCUAACGAUAACUAA